AUGAGCUCCACCACCGUGGUUGUGGAAGUUGCCUGCACGGCGCCGCGGUCGGAUUGGCUUGAGUUAAGUUGCCUUUUGUGCUCCUUUCUGCGACAUUAUGCGAGUGACGGUUGCGAUGCCGCCCACGCAGAGCUUUCAUCCCUCUUCGCCCCUGGGAGAUGCAUCCCUCUGACGGCGUGGACGCUCGCGGAAGCCACGAUGCCGGCUAUCUCAUCCCUCCUUCAGCGCGUCGUGCGCUCCAUGCGGGUGUGCGAUAUGUGCGAUUUUUACCCCCCGAAAGACGGAGGCGAUGCGGGUACGAGGAACUCUUCCUCGGCGGCAGCCUAUGCGUCAGGAGUUGAGGAAAUUUCCUUCGUCCCAAUUCUUUACACCCUGCAUAGCGGCGACGCCGUGGACGAUCCAAGUCGUGAGGCUCACCCUGGAAGAGGCUGCCAUGACGACGAUAACGGCGCGAACCCACCGCCCUGCAGCAUCCUGCUGCUCCCACACGAAUCCCUGGACGGGCUCUGGGAAUCUCUCUACUACGGCGAUAGCCUCACCGACUCAGCGCGGUUGAAAGUCGAUCUCGUGGAGUACGUCCGCACGGCCUUGACGUUUUCCCUCGCGGGCGUUGAUCCGCACGCAAUUGUCUGGAACCGCCUCGUCCUUCUGCACGGCCCACCUGGAACUGGAAAAACCUCCCUCUGCAAGGCGCUCGCUCAAAAGUUAGCCAUUCGUCUUGGGCAUCUUUUCCCAUACGGUGCGAGGCUCAUCGAGGUGAACGCGCACAGCCUCUUUAGCCGCUGGUUCAGCGAAAGUGGAAAGCAGGUGAUGCAGCUGUUUCGACAUAUCGUCCAGCUCGCGUCGGAUGAGCGCGGCCUGGUGUGCGUGCUUAUUGACGAGGUGGAAAGUUUGGCCGCUGCGCGGCAGUCUGCUAUGAAGGGAAAUGAACCCACAGACUCCAUCCGAGUGGUGAACACGCUGCUCACGCAGAUCGAUCAUUUGAUCAGGUUCAAUAAUGUGCUUGUGCUCGCCACCAGCAACUUGACCGACGCCAUUGAUGAGGCUUUCCUGGAUCGUGUCGAUAAAAAGAUUUUUUUGGGACCCCCAGGCUUAAAGGCGCGUACCGCAAUGCUGUAUAGCGGCGUAGUUGAGUUACUGCGAAGCAGGCUUGUCUGUGUGGAUCAGGACUCUCAGCACCAACCGAACGUUGUGCGCGACGACACUUCAACCUGCACUCUUGGGUUCACCCCACACUACUUUGAGGAAGUCCUCUUACCAGAAUGCGCGGCGGCCUGUAUCAUUAGGAUAGCUGACUUGUGUGUUGAUCUCAAUGGCCGGAUGCUCAGAAAACUUCCAUUUUUGGCUUAUGGUGCCUGCGUGAGUUCCAGGCGAGAGUUCAGGGUUCAAUAUGCCUCAACGCUCUCUCUAUCACUUAGUAAAACGUGUGCUAGUGAACAAAAGAUACUUCAACCCACCUCUGCAUCGCUCUACGGCAAUGUAAACCCUGACCUUGAGCAUGGGCGUUCUGGUAAUCUCCAUAUCAAAGUUACUGAAACCUCAAUCGAGGAGGAGACAAAUGAGGAGCCCGCUAACUCUGGCCUUGCGAAAAAAUAUUUAGAAGCCUUUCCUGUUCUUCCCCUUUCCGUGUUUUUGGACUUUCUUUCGAAAGCCGCACGGAAAGUAACACGGGGCGAUGCCGAAAGCUAA